GUGUUAUACUUCAUUUGAUUAGAGCACUGGACAUAGUGCGUCCUAAACCACGAGGCUAGAGAAAUGCAGCGCCAGGCUUUCUCGUCCGCGCUGCGGAGACAUGGACAGCCCAAACCGUUUUCAGGAGCGCCGAAGCCGGCGAAUUCAGGCCGCACCCCGCAGCCGCUGCACAUAGCGACUGCCGUGGCCACCAAGCGUGGCGAGGUGCUGCUCAUUGCAGACACACUGGGCAAGAGCCACGACGGCGAAAAACAAUUGUUCCAGGGGCUCACUUUCAGCGUAGUAGCGGGUGACAAGCUGGCAGUGGUGGGCCCAAACGGGAGCGGCAAAUCCACACUCCUCAAGGUCCUGGCUGGCCUGGACGACUUUGACGCCGGCAGCAUCAGCCGCAACAAGGGCGCGCGCGUGGGCUUCCUGCCGCAGGAGCCGCCGCUGCCGGCCGGCGUGAGCGUGCUGCAGGCUGUGCUGCAGAGCGACUCCGACAUGGCGCGGGCGGUGCAGGAGUACCAGAACGCGCUGGCCACCGCCAAUGGGGCAGUCACCAAGGAGCUGGAGGUGGCGAUUGAGAAGAUGAACACCUUCAACGCCUGGGAAAUCGACGCGGAGGCCAAGCGUGUAUUGGAGGCGGUGGGCAUCACCGACCUCAGUGCAUGUGUGGACAAUCUGAGUGGAGGGCAGCGCAAGCGUGUGGCGCUGGCGGCGGCGCUGCUGGGCAAGCCCGACCUGCUGGUGUUGGAUGAGCCCACCAACCACAUGGAUGUGUCCAUGAUCCGAUGGAUGGAGCGCGAGCUGCGCGGGGAGGACCUGGCGGUGGUGCUGGUCACACACGACCGGUACUUCAUGGAGGGUGUGUGCGACCGGCUGUUGGAGCUGGACGGCGGCAAAGCCUACGUGCACAACUUCGGCGGCGUCAACAGCUACGGCAUGUUCAAGGAGGCUCGUGAGUUCCGGCGCAAGGCGCAGGCCAACGCCGCCGCCGACGCGCGCACGCUGUUCCGGCGCGAGGCGGAGUGGAUGGCCAAGCAGCCCAAGGCGCGGCAGGCCAAGAGCAUGGCGCGCCAGCAGAAAUUCUACGAGCUGAGUGACCGGGCCAAGGACGUGCCCACCGCAGACCUGAAGGUGGACUUCGGCACGGCGCCCGGGGCCAUGGCGCGGCAAGGCAACAAGGUCAUCCGCUGCGAGAAGGUGUGCUACACCAUCCCCGGCAGCGAGCGGCAGGUGAUCCGGGACUUCACGUACGACUUCGUGCCUGGAUCCAAACUCGGCAUUGUAGGCCGCAACGGCGCCGGCAAGACCACGCUGCUUGACCUGAUCGCCGGGCUGCGGCAGCCCAGCGCCGGGCGGCGCGAGGUGGGCGAGACCAGCGUGGUGGGCUACCUGACGCAGUCGCCGCCGGCUGUUCGCGAGGACCUGCGCAUCAUUGACUACAUCCGGGAGAUCAGCGACAGCCGCAAAGCCAAGAUCGCGGCGGCGGGCGGCGUGCUGGAGGUGAUGGACACGCCUGAGGUGCUGCUGGAGAAGCUUGGCUUCCUGCGGCCGCGCCAGUUCCAGAAGGUGUCCUCGCUGUCGGGCGGCGAGCGGCGGCGGCUGCACCUGGCGUCAGUGCUGGUGGAGCGACCCAACGUGCUCAUCCUGGACGAGCCGACCAACGACCUGGAUCUGUCCACUGUGGAGGUGCUGGAGGAGCAGGUCAAGCAGUUCAGGGGCGUGCUGCUCACGGUUUCUCACGACCGCGCCUUCAUGGACAACGUGGCCGAGCGGCUGCUGGUGCUGGAGGGCGACGGGCUGGUGCGCCUAUUCGACGGCAACUACUCCGAGUACCUCGAGAUCAUGGAUGAGCGGGACGAGGCGGAGAAGGCGGCGGCCGGUGGGGCAUGCAGCACAACCGGGUCAGCCGCCAGCGUCAGCAGCAUGGGCAGCGUGGACUCGGCCAGCGACGACGAGGCGGCGAACGGCACGGGCAAGAAGGGCAAGGGUGGCAAGGGCGGCAAGCAGCAGCCAGCAGCGGCCGCGGCUGCGCCGGCGCCAGCGCCGGCGGCUGCUGCGCCCAAGAAGGCGCGCAAGCUAGGGUACUAUGAGCAAGAGGAGUACAAGAAACUUACAAAGGAGAUUGACGACCUCUCCGCAAAGCGGGAUAAGCUGAAUGACAAGGUGAUGGCGCUGGCCCAGAGCGGCGACGACCUGGAGGCGCUGGAGAAGGCGAGUGUGGAGAUGGCGGCAGUGCAGGAGACCAUAGACACCAAGAGCGAGCGGUGGCUGGAGCUGGCGGAGGUUGCCGGGGAUAUCUGAGCGGCAGCAGCGCUGGGGAGCGGGGGUUGGAGGGGGAAGCGGGCCAGAGACACGAGGAUGCAGGACAGGACAAGCUGGGGGCCUGGUGAAGGGUGUGCAGUUCACAGCUGUGUUUGUGUACUGUACGGUAGUAGACAGCGUACGGUGUGCAACUCAUCAGGUGGCCAUGUGGCAGCUGUUGCAAGGCAAAGAGUUUUGCUAUUCUGAGUCUGGUGGAGUGGGUCGCAGCAUGCGUCCGGGCAGCAGCCCCAGAAUCAGCAGGAUGCCGGGGCCACCCCAGGGAACUCGCGGCUGCUGUGCUAUGUGCGAGUUAGUGCAAUAGUGCUGCCGUGGCGAUGGCUGUGCGGUUGGCGCGCCGUCAGUAGAGACAGGUGGAGACCGUGGCGGUGUCAUUGAGGCAGAGCGAGCUGACAGUCCAGUUUCAGGCUAGCUGUGCCAGGAUGUGCCCAUUUUUCUGCUGUGCAAAUGCAAACGUGCUGAAAUUACCACGGCUCUUGAGCAAUGUGCGAAGUGACCACGCAACUGACCCCUGGCUUUCUCCGCUUUCCUAAUGACU